GGACGGAGCCGGGCCGGGAGGAGCGGAGGCUUCGGGGAGCGCUUCCUUCCCACCGCCCGCACCGCCGUGCGCGGCAGCCCCAGCAUGGAAGCCAUCGCCAAGUACGACUUCAAAGCCACCGCGGAUGACGAGCUGAGCUUCAAACGGGGCGAUAUCCUUAAGGUUUUGAAUGAAGAAUGCGAUCAGAAUUGGUACAAGGCAGAACUCAAUGGAAAAGACGGCUUCAUUCCCAAGAACUACAUAGAAAUGAAACCACAUCCGUGGUUUUUUGGAAAGAUUCCCCGAGCGAAGGCUGAAGAGAUGUUAGGCAAACAGAGACACGAUGGUGCCUUCCUCAUCAGAGAGAGUGAGAGUGCUCCUGGGGACUUCUCCCUCUCAGUCAAGUUUGGAAAUGAUGUGCAGCACUUCAAGGUGCUUAGAGAUGGGGCUGGCAAAUAUUUCCUCUGGGUGGUGAAGUUCAAUUCUUUGAACGAGCUGGUAGAUUAUCACAGAUCCACAUCUGUCUCCAGGAACCAACAAAUAUUUCUCCGGGACAUUGAACAGGUGCCACAGCAACCGACAUACGUUCAGGCCCUGUUUGAUUUUGAUCCCCAGGAGGAAGGAGAGCUGGGCUUCCGCCGCGGAGACUUUAUCCAAGUCCUUGACAAUUCUGACCCCAACUGGUGGAAGGGAGCCUGCCACGGACAGACGGGCAUGUUUCCACGCAACUAUGUGACCCCAGUGAACCGGAACAUCUAGAGAUAAAUAUUAGAGAUUAUUUAAAGAAACCAGAGAAACAGUAAAUACACAUACAGAGCCUAACUGCAGCCAGUGACCUAAAAUCACACGGCGAUAAAACCUGAGUCACCUUUCACCAUGAGGUGAUCCUCCUUCACUCAGUACGGAACUUCAGGGGUGGCGGGGGGGGAAAGAACUUACACACCAAAACCUAUCUUUAA